AGUUCUGUUGAAGGGUCAUGAGGACUGGAAACAUCAACUCUUUUCUUCUCCGCCGAUGCUGCCAGACUUGCUGAGUUUUUCAGGGUCAUUUCUGUUUUUGUUUUGGAUUUCCAGCAUCUGCAGUUUUUUAUUUUUAUCUCUGAGUGGAUUGUACAUCGUUGGUUUGCAUUCCGCGGCCGGGAAAUCUGACAAUGGGUGAUGGCGACUUUCAUUAACGGAGCGGUUCCUCCUUUGGUGCUGCUUGUGGGUGUGCUGGGCUCAGCUGCAGCAGGUCCAAUUAAAGUGAAUGGAAAAUAUAUUGUGAAAACUCUCGGUGACGAUACCCUGCUGCCAUGCACAAUUGACAGCAACCAAGAUGUCUCGCAAUUCAUGUGGCAAAAAAAGCUUGGUCAACAACAACAGAUAUUUUUUACAGUUGUUUUCUCCAAUGGAGGGAAUCAACAUUUCGUUGAUAUUUUUGAUGGCAGAAUGAUCUACGUUGGGAGAAGUCGCAAAAAUGCAACGAUGUAUUUAAAAAAUGUCACACUACAUGAUGAGGGGACAUACACCUGCAUUUUCACCUUCUUCCCUGCUGGGCCUGUUGAAGAAGAAAUACAGCUAACUGUACAAGUUCCACCAACUGUUAUGGUACAGACGUAUCCAGUUUUCUCGCCGGAUGACUGCAGUGAACGUCUCCAUGUCACCUGUAUAGCAGCAAAUGCGAAACCAGCCGCUACCAUCACUUGGGAAACACCUUUCACUUUCCAUGCCAAUCAAAGUAUUGAGCCUCCUGCUGCUAAUUCAACUGUGACCGUCUCCAGCCAUUUUCAUCUAUGUCCAACAAAAUCAAUGAACAGGCAGAAUAUUUCCUGUGUUGUGGAACAUCCAACUCUGAAAAGUCCUAUACAAGCUCCUUAUAAGCUGAAUAUUGCCUAUAUGUCAUCAGCUAUUGUCAAACCUCAAAAGACUGAACACGGCAGCUUAAUCCUGGUUUGUGCUGCAGAUGCUAACCCACCUGCUACUAAAUACAUCUGGACAAAAGACAGUGGUUCUAUCCCAGACGGUGUGAUAACAGAAAAUGACCACGUUAAAUUGCCUAAAAUGACUCUUGACCUUUAUGGGCUCUAUACAUGUGAAGCAAAAAACACAGUUGGUACUGCAUUAGGCUCCAUUUAUUUAUUCACAGAUGAUCACCAGACACGUCAAUAUAUAGUGCCUCUUAUCAUCAUGAUCCUGGCACUCAUAAUUGUGCUCAGCAUUCUCAGCUAUCUCUAUUAUAGGAAAACACAGUUCGACAAAGAAAGCUCCCCAGAAAUGGUGCUUCCAAGAUCUUUGCAGCAGCACCAAGGAGAAAGUGUUCAGGGUUGGAAGAAGGUGAGUUUUAGACUGGAGAGGAGAGACAAGCGAGAGUGGUAUAAAAGGGCGUAAAAAGCAGAGGCUGAGACCAAAGAGAAGAAGCGUACCCUCAGGACCUCCGGUGGUGGAGUUCGAAGUGACGUCACGAUUCAAAAAGUGACGCAGUGUAAGGGAGGCAGCUGAUUGGUAAAUAGGGUCAGGUGGAAGUAGAAAUGGAGGAAGCUGAAGCUGCUCUUCAAUCAAAUUGAAUGCAGAGCAAACAAGAACAGUUAUCAGAAUGAAAAACAAGUCAUGUAGGAUAAUAUUGAAACAAAUGGUAGCAAACAAGGAUAGUUGGAAUUGUCAGCAUUCCUGGAACUUCAUAUGCUGGGUUUAUUAAUGUAAUUUAAAUUCUACCAGCUGCCAUUGUAGGACUUGUACCCAUGCUCCCAAAACAUUAGCCUGGAUCUCAAGUCCAGUGAUAUGACCAUUACACCACAAUCUCUGCUCCACAGUUAGAUUGUUGCUAAUUUUAUAUUGGUAUUUUGUUAAUUUGUUUUGUUUACUUGUCUGAUAUAAAGUUUGUUUUUUUAAAAA